UCUGUUUUGAAUGAUGUAUCUGGAUUCGAACAAAACUCGAGCAUAAUUCGUCUGGAAAAUAAAUUGAACAAUCGCAUUAUUUUUUUCGAAGAAAAUUGUGUUAUUUUCAAAAAAGUAUUUUCGUUUCUCAGUAUUGCAACAAAUGAACUGUUAGAAAUAACAAACGAUUCUGUUUCCAGCCUUAAUGAUCUCAAUGAUUCCAGAAAAGCUUUGGUUGAUAUAGAAAACGAAAUAGCUUCAGAAAACCAUACAGUAGAAAUCUUCGGCAUUAACAAGGAAUAUGCACUGAAGGACUAUAAUCUUACAGCAGAGGACUUAGAUGAGAUUUUAAAAAAUGCCAGUGUACCUAACGAUCCUUUACUAAAAGAACUUGUAAAUACCACGAAGUUUGCUAAAGAUUUAUUCCAGGAGACAUUAAAAGAAGCUGAUUCCUUGUCAGUACUUGAGUACUGGCAAAUUGGAAUGAAAAACUUGUCUCAAGAAUAUUUCUUUGAAAGUGAAUGCAUCGGAUUUAGGGAUUGCCUGAAUUAUUCAGUCGCUAUUUUGAAUAAUCUUUUUAGCGAUGACAUCAUACCUAAUUCCUAUAAUAACAGAGACAUAACGUUGAAAAUUGACAAUAUUUUUCAACGCUUGCUUUCAAACUUGUCUAUAACAGUUACAGAUUCUUACAAGUCAUCAAUUGGUAUCCUUAUCAAACUUCAAAACCUGAACGCCUCCAACGUGUUCUGUUCAAAUCCUCCGAACAUAACCACGCAAUUAGAGGAUAAAAAGGUUUUAUAUGGAUCAGAAGUUAAAUUUACCUGUGAAGCUAUAGGUGACCCUGAACUAGUGAUAUAUUGGUAUCACAAUCACUCCUUAAUUGGUCAAAAUGUAUCAGAAAUUGUGUUAGUCAAUGUUACAGAAAAAAAUGAAGGUACUUACAGAUGCGAAGCUGGAAAUGUUGUGGCCAAUGUAUCAUCUAAUGAGGCAAUUGUACAGAUAAACGGUUUUCCAGCUGAAAUUGAGUUUACAAGAUACAAUAGAAUUUAUAAAUGUAAAAGCUAUCCUUGUUUGGUUUUGAAUGAAGAAUUCGAUACGCUUGACAAACGAAUAUGGGAGCACGAAAUAACAGCUAGAUAUGAUUAUAAUUCAGAAUUCGAGUACUACAAUAGUGACCGAUCCAACUCAUAUGUUAAGCAAGGAAAGUUGUACAUUAAACCGACCUUAACAACAGAAAAGUAUGGCGAGGAAUUUUUAACGACAGGAGUUCUGGACUUAUGGGCUGAAGGAUGCACCACAAAUGCAUACUAUGGUUGCCGAAGAAAGGGAUCUACUUUACAUCCAAUAAAUCCAAUUAGAUCUGCACGUUUGAAGAGCAAAAAUGGAUUUACAAUGAAAUAUGGAAGAGUUGAAGUUGAGGCCAAAAUGCCAAAAGGAGAUUGGAUAUUUGCUGGUAUUAAAUUGUUACCCUUAUCGAAUACUUAUGGAGAUUGGCCAACGUCAGGAGAAAUUGAUAUUGUUGAAACAAGAGGUAAUACAAAUUACACGGACAAGAGAGGUAAAAACAUAGGUAUAAAUAGUAUGAGCAGUUCUCUUCACUAUGGACCAAGCAAACAGUACGAUGGAGUAGCAAAGGCUCAAGCAGAUAAAUUCUUAACAUCAGAAACAUUUGCUGACAGAUUUCAUAAAUUUGCAGUGGAGUGGAACGAGCAGGACAUCAGGUUUGAGGUAGAUGGUGAAGAGAUUUUAAAAGUCCAACCAAGUGAUAGAGGUUUUUGGGGAAUUGGAGAAUUCAACAAAACAUAUGGAUUGACAAACCCGUGGCAAAAAACAUGUGGUGGCACGAAAAUGGCACCGUUCGACCAAGAGUUUUACUUGGUGUUAGACGUGGGUGUGGGUGGAUAUCCACAUUUUAAGGACGAGUGGUUGAACUAUCCGUAUCCAAAGCCCUGGCAGGAUCGAUCAGACUUUGCAACAAGAGAUUUCUGGAGUGCAAGAGAUUUUUGGUAUUCAACAUGGAAUCAUAAUCAAGAUGAUGAUGAUGGUGAUGAAGGCACUGCCAUGAACAUUAACUAUAUUAAAGUUUGGAAGCUUAAACCUUAAAUGGUAACAUUUGAAUUUAAUCUUGUAAGAAAACGUACUAUAUAUAGAUAGCUCUUUUUAUUAUAAUAAUUAUAAAUACAAGGCCUUACAACUAUAUCAGAUUAUAUAAAAUGAAACCUCCAUGUAAAUAUGAUGUAAAUGCAUUGUAUGUAGGCAUACUAGUAUAACUAUUAUUUACUGAUUUCCUUUCUGUCACGGGUACUUAAAAAAGAUUUUAUUGACAAAUAUUAAAGGUGUAGUAAAUAUGUCGUGUGUGUGGUUAGUGUAGAAACAUUUAAGAAAUACUACUUUAGGCAAAGUGGGGUUUUAUGCACUUUAGGUAAGGUAAAUGUAAAUAACUUUUGUUUCUAUUUGAAUGCAACCUUCUAGGCUAUAUCAUAUAUUAUUAUACCUUACUUUGUGUGUACUAUAUAUAAAGGUUAUAAGAAAA